AUGGCUAGCCAAAAUGAACUCAGAGCUAAUUCAUCACCGUCUAGUUUUUAUACAAGUGGUAAAUAUUUUUCAGGUGGUUUUAAUCCAACACUCCAAGAAGGUUGGAAAAGUACAGAAGAGUUUAGCCCAAUUACUGCAGAACCAUCAGAUAUUAAAUAUGAUCUACAAGACAUAAAACAUGAACUAGUUGACACUAUAGAAAAUGUUAGUAAUACUAGUGGUGGUAAACUUGCACGGGCUGUUUCAUUACGUAGAGGUGUAGAAUCGUGGAUUGUAAGGCCGACCACUGAAGAUGUAUUGGAGAACCUCGAACAAUUUUUUCCUGGACAUGAUCUUGAUAAACCGAUAACAGAAACACCUGGGACACCCGUAACACCUGUAACACCUGCACCUCCACAAAAUGCAAGUCAACAAGAAGAAAUUUCACCGUCAUCUAAAGUAAUAACAGAAAAAAGUAAUGGCAAUAAUGGUGAACUUAUUGUAAUUUUAUUUGGUGUUUUUAUAAGUUUGGGGGCAUUAAGUAAUGGAAGCAGUGGUGUGCUUGGUAUUGUAUAUUUGAUUGAUCAAAAGUACUACGUUGCAUCAGCCUUUACAAUAAUUUUUCUUACAAUGGUUUUAAUUCAAACAAUCUUACAUAUUAUUUUAACAAUUCAAGUUUAUAAUCAUUACAAAAGUUUGGAAUCAAAUUCAUUUUUUUCACUUAAUAAUAACGUUGGUAGUGGUAAUGAUGGUAGUAGUGGUUUCAUAAUUGUUGGAAGCGUCAUUAACAAUCCCAAUCCUAAUACUGGUGGUCGUGAUGGCUUUACCACUGCUGGUUACACGCUUGGCAGUGGUCGUCGUGUUAGUAGCGGAAAUUAA